CACGAUUUUAAUAAGAAGUAGAUAGGAAAAAAAACAAACUUUUGCUAAAUAAAAUGUUAUAUUAACACUUUUAAUAAAAAGAAAUCAAUAAAAGUGAUCGCUUACCGUUACUCUUGAAGAAUUAAUUCCAAAAAUAGCCGUCGGUAGCGUAGACUUUUAAAAAAAACAAUUUUUCGUCUUUCGAACGGCGUUUUCCUAUCUCUUUCCUUAUUAAAUUUCAGAACGACACUUGCCAGCGCUCGCCGGAAGUGAGAAUUCCGUGUGACACAAAACAAUCAGCAAUUUGACGGAAGAUUCACAUCUGUAUCUACCUCAUCUGUGACUCUACUAAACAACUAGUUAAUUCAAUUCAUAGUUACUAAUAUUAACUAUGUUCAAUUUUAACCACGGAAAAUAUUAUAAUUUUUUUAUACAGUACCAUUUUAUAUAGUCGUUUGGCGUAAGAAAUACAACGUCUGCGAGCAGGCUAUACCAUUUACGAUCAAAGUAUUGUUUCAUACUUGAUAUUUGUCACACUACGAGAGGUAGAUAAAGCUCAAUACAGCUCGUUUCGACUUUCGUCUUUCGAGAGGAAGAUAAAGCUUACAGCAAGGUAAGAAAAGUUUGGUUUUGUACUUGUAGGUCUACUCGGAUAUUUUGUACGGCCCAUAUUUUCCCCUUUGCUUAGCUUUGUAUAUGUUAAACAAUACGAACUUUUGUAAGAUGAUAUUAAACAAUAUAAUCCCUUAUUUUACUGGAAUAUGUCAGCAUGCCGCUCAAACAAUUACAAGACUGAUGACUGAUUGCUGUUUAUAUAAUUUAUUGCUGCCGUAGCGAGCGAGCGUGAAGCGAGCGAGCGAGGCAGCAAUCCUAAUCUUUAUGUAUAUGUAUAUAUAUAUAUAAGGCAGAUGAAAUCUCGAUCAUUUCGGCCUACCACAAUGCACUGCUUCCGGGCCGGCAGGCUAUUCUUGCCUAAUAAACAGGCAUAAGGCAAAACAAGCAAUGUGAUCAUCUUUCAUCUUUGGUUUUCUACUUUUCUUUUAUGGAAAGCCAUAGCUGGCGUAAGUGAUCAAACGGCAUUUUGUCAAUACGCAGUGGUUCGAGCAUUAUACGUGGUGCUUUCGCCAUCAUACGCGGUGCGUUUGCCAUUAUACGCAGUGGUUCGAGCAUUAUACGCAGUGCUUUCGUCAUUAUACGGGGUGCUUUUAACAUAAUUUCCAUAUUCUUUCCAUGUAUGUAAUCUCACGAUUGCUUAAUAAAUCUGGUAGGCCUAUGUGGCUGUGCUUUUUGCCUCUGGUCUGCAAUGACAAUGAAAUGCUUUUAAAAAGGUUUAUAUAUAAAAAGGUGACUGCACUUUGUGAGUUCUUAUAUAUUAUCAUAUAGUGUUGAUUUAUUAGUAAUAAAUCUGUGUAUAUAACAUAGGUAUAUAACACUUGAAUAUAUAUAACACUUGAAUGUGUCGUAUGAUUUAAUUAAUAUGUUUUAGGAUUUAAAGCCUUUAAAUUAAAAUGCUUUAAUUUGUCAUUUGUAUUUGUACUUGUACUUGUACUGCAUCACAACGCAGUGCGUAAGUGAACAGAUUCCACAUGUGAGGUUGUCUUGUAUAUAUAUUUUUGCCUUCUUUGAUAAACAUUAUUAAACACGCAAAUUUAGUGAGACGGACACUCGCUGACUCGCACAUGUUAAAUGUCACCUGCAUGUCAUCGUCAUUGCCCUUUAACCCCUGGUCUAAAUCAUAUGAUUAUUGAAGCGGGGCCGUUUUGACUUUGGGCCGUUUUGACUUUGGGCCGUUUUGACUUUGGGCCGUUUUGACCUAGCACCGUAUUUGUGGGCAAAUUGUCUAUACAAUUUUAUAUACUAGAUAUCACAGCCAUACCUGCCAUUUUGAUCUUUUCCUCGCGUUAGAUAAGUUGAUAAGUACACUCAUUCUUGUUAGCAAUCGUACCUGUUCGGCUGUUCCUCUUUCGAUACGAAACUUUGAGCGCCGAGUUAUCAUACGGCACAUUCAAGUGUAUAAAUUAUGGAUGAUUCCAAUUCAUUACGAAUAUUUCUUACUCUUAUUCUUUAAAAUAUUAAGAGGCAAUUUAUUUUUUUUCAAUGUCACAUAUUUGCAAUGAAAAGUGUUCAAAACCUAAAAUCUUUUUGGCAUUCCUCUCAAAAUUACUUUGUUUUAGCUUUAUUCUCUACAGUUUAUAGAGUUAGCUACCUUUUUAAAUGUGUCUGCCGGUUGAGAAACAUAAAAUAAUAGUUAAAAAUUGCCAAUUAAAAUACAAUUAUCAAUGAUGCCUUAAAAUUGACGCUAUAUUUACAGCCAUUUAAGCAAAACGUACUGAACUUCAGACAUCAUUUUCUCUUUGGCGUAUCAUCUAAAAUCUCUUCAUUUUAGCAUUAUUUUACAGAUAAAGCACUAAACAUACUUUUUAAGUUUUUUUUUACCGAUUGAGAAACGUAUUGAAAAAUUAAAAUUUUGAUUUUAUUCCUAAUCUCAUGUGGUAUAUUAUACGCAUUAGUUUUGAGCGCGUGUUACGUAACAUACAAAGAAUCUCAUUUAAAGAUUUGGGAACAAUGCUAUACCAAGGCAGCAUUCACUACCCUGUGGGUAAACUAGUAUAUAAUAUUAAAUAAUAUGAAAUUAAAUUUUGUGGUGUUAAUAUAUCUUAAGCUGUACAGAUUAGUCAUGGCUGACAAAAAACAAACAGAAAAUAGCAAACCUAACGAUGAUGAGAAAAAAAAUGGUCGUGAGAAAUAUAAAAUCAAUUGUGGUUCCACUAGCAAUACUGAGAAUGAAAAAAAUGGUGGUGGAGCAGCUGGUAGUCAUGGUGAUUGUCCCAGACCUGGUGGAGAUUCUGGUGGUAAAAAUCCUGACAAGAAAAGGAAAAAUCCUGGCAAGAAAAGGUUUUGUAUAUCAAUAUUGUAUUAAUUUUCAACCUAUUUUAUCUAAAUAAUUUGGCAUUCGACAGAGUAAGAUAAUAAAAGAAGACAUAUAUGGGCAUUGCCUAGGAUUCAGUUGUAUAUACAUGGCUGCAUCUACUCUCAUACAAACUGCAAGAUCAGUGUAUUUUGUUUUGUAUAGUUGGGUUGUUCCUCUUGCCAUUGGACUUGGCACUGGUGUGGUUGCUGUUGUAGCAGCACCCCUUGCGGUUGCAGCUGCUGGUUUUACAACUGGUGGCAUAGCCGCUGGUUCUGUUGCCGCCUCAAUGAUGUCAUCUGCAGCAGUGGCAAAUGGUGGUGGUGUAGCGGCAGGUUCACUUGUUGCAACCUUACAAGCAGUUGGUGCAACAGGCAGUCUAGCUGCUGCUGGUGCCUCAGUGACUGCAGCUGUAGGAGGCAUUGGUGCUUCUAUUGGAGCAGGAAUUGGUUGGUUGGCAAACAAGUUUACUCGUGGAAAGAAGGGUGGUGAUGAUGGUGGUAAAAAUGAUGAUCAGUCUGGUGAUGGUGGUCAAUCUGGAAAGAAUGUUCAAUUCAAAAAAGGUCGUAAAAGGUCUAAACGUGGUACUCAGUGCAGCAGUGAUGGUGGAAAAAAUCCUCCUGAUGAUGAUGAUAGUGAUUCUGAUUAUGUAACUAUUGAUGAUAGAGCAAUCAGUACCCGUAAAUUAUAAUUAAUUAUAAUAAAAAUUAUUUAUUUAAUGUUGAUUAUGUAGUGUGUGCUUGUCCAGUUCACCUGAAUCAUAGAAUAUGAAACCUUCAUUACAGGACCUGGUUUUUUGUGUUUCUACAGUCUUUGAUUUUAAUAGAAUAUAAUAAACCUUGGGACCUCAUGGGAUAGUGAUCUUUUCAUGUAAAAAUGCCUUGAAAAAUUGUUAGUAUAAUGGUGGUGAUUGUCAUGGUGAUCAGUGGUGAUGAUGAUGGUGGUGAUAUGAUGGUGGUGGUGGUGAUAUGAUGGUGGUGGUGAUGAUGGGAGAAUGUACAUGGUUGUGGUCAGUCCGCAAAUACUGGUGGUGAAUCUGGACAUGGCAGUGCACAUACAGACAUACGCCUGUUGAACACGAUGUUGAUACUGUUGAUAGCGAUAUUAAAGAUACGAAUAAAAUAAAUUUGUAUACACAAACAAUAGUUAAUAAUAAGAUAGAUCGUUCUUACAAGAUGAUAAAUUUCUUACAAACACGUUGACAAUCAUAUACGGCAAUACGCCAGAAGUUAGCGAAGGCCGGAUAGCGCAGUCCACAGGAUAGUGAUUUUUCAACUGUUAUAAAAUGCUUGAAAAGUGAUAAAAGUACGAAAAUGAAUCCCACAAUUAAGAAAAGGAAACUUCCAAGUCUUCAACUUUUAUAUACAGUAGAAUAUUUAUUAAACGUGGUUAUACCAAUCAACGCCCAAGUGAAGCUUCAUCGGUGGAUUGUCAGGCUCUAAAACUAGACGUCUUGAUCUAGUUAUUAGUUGUAUAUAGGCUUAU